GUCUUAGCAGGUGGAGUUCCCUGUGGAGCGAUGGGGUGGGCCAAUCACAGUUCCCUGAUGGGUUUCAUCCUUCUAGGCUUCUCAGACCACCCUCGCCUGGAGGCUGUCCUUUUUGCAUUUGUCCUUUUCUUCUACCUCCUGACCCUUGUGGGGAACUUUGCCAUCAUCAUUGUCUCCUAUCUGGAUCCCCUUCUGCACACUCCUAUGUACUUUUUCCUUAGAAACCUCUCCUUACUGGACCUCUGUUUCACAACUAACCUUGCUCCUCAGACCUUAGUGAAUCUGCGAGGACCAGAGAAGACUAUCUCUUAUGGUGGUUGUGUGAUGCAACUCUAUAUUUCUCUAGCACUGGGCUCCACUGAGUGUAUCCUCUUGGCUGUGAUGGCCUUGGAUCGCUAUAUUGCUGUCUGUAAACCCCUCCACUAUGUGGUCAUCAUGAGCCCACAGGUAUGCCAACAGUUGGCAUCUGUGUCCUGGCUCAGUGGUUUGGCCAAUUCCCUGAUCCAUGCAACUUUUACCUUGCAAUUGCCUCUUUGUGGCAACCACAGGCUGGAUCAUUUUAUUUGUGAAGUACCAGCUCUUCUGAAGUUGGCUUGUGUAGACACCACCAUCAAUGAAUUGGUGCUUUUUGUUGUCAGCAUCCUGUUCCUUGUAAUCCCACCAGCACUCAUUCUUCUCUCCUAUGGCUUUAUAACUCGAGCUGUGCUGAAGAUCAAAUCAGUAGAGGCAAGACACAAAGCCUGCAGCACCUGCUCCUCCCAUCUUACUGUGGUGGUCAUUUUCUAUGGCACCAUAAUCUACAUGUACCUGCAACCCAGUGACAGUUAUGCCCAGGAUCAGGGGAAAUUCAUCUCACUCUUCUAUACCAUGGUGACCCCAACCUUAAAUCCCAUCAUCUAUACUUUAAGGAACAAGGAUGUGAGAGAAGCUCUGAAGAAACUCCUGUCAGGAAAACUGUGUUCACUAUGAGCAUGAUAUGCAA